GAUGAUGAUGAUAAUGAUGAUGAUGAUGAUGUUGAUGAUGGUGAUAAUGAUGAUGAUGAUGACGACGACGACGAUGAUGAUGAUGAUGAUGAUGAUGAGGAUGAGGAUGAUGAUGGGGAUGAUGAUGAUGACGAUGAUGAUGAUGAGUAUGAUGACGAUGAUGAAUAUAAUGAUGAUGAUGAUGAUGAUGGUGAUGACAAUG